AUGAGUUUCUUUGUUCUACAAACCACUACCACCAACGAUCUACAAGAGCUCGGUCAACGUUUGUGGCGAUGGCAGUUAUGCGGUGGUUGCACUGGGAAAACAACAUGCUUCGAUGCGCGAUGUCCCUGGAGCCGAGCGAACCAACAGAAUGCUUUUUGGGACCGAUACAAAGCUCUAACGGCAGCGUAUAUGCCUGAGCUGACCACAUCGUGCCCAGCUCUGAGGUCGCAUGCCGAUCUUCUGGAGCUGAUUCAGCUUAUUCAAAACCGACCUCGUGCAACAAGAGAACAGAUAGCCGAAUGUCACUUUGGGGCGCAGCGCGAUGAUGAGGUGCAACUCACCGCCACACUUGAUCAGCAACGAGCCAUGAAUCUUGCAGCCAGCAUAAUGUUCUCUCUGGAUUGCGGGAGCACAUACGAGUCGGCAGGUCUUGUAGAGGAGGGUAGCUCAUCGCUGCUGUGGCGAGAUACGGUGUCUGCAGACAAUUUCCUUCUGGAAGCAUUCCCAGAAAGACCUCAUCCAACCAUCGCAUCCCGGAAAGAACCAUUAGAGUGGCCAGUCAUAACAGCUGCUGUCAGCGGGAAAGAGGUGCAGAGGGUCCUUGGAUUCGAUAUGGAAGCAACGACUGAUCUGCGGAGCCAUCUAAUGCUGGACCAUAGGAGACGUGUUCUCAAAAUCUUCCACUGCACGGCGAUGCUGCGAGAAACUCUUUUAGUGUGUGAAAGCCAACCGACAACUUGUGUACUACCACGACGACUCAUUCUCGAGGUAUUCGACACCAUACAUAGGGUUCUCUUUCCCUCGGAUCACGAGUCGCAGGCCCUUCUCUCGUCGCUCGUGACAAAACAUGGAUUUGAUAGAGAUCUCCUAAGGUUUGAAUCGUGGGAUCAUUACAAACACAAUGAACCUGAGCUCUCUUACUCCUACUUCGGUACUCGAUUGGUAGAGCUCUACGAGGAGCUGCAAAACCCCAAACCUCACUCUCGGUUGGAGAGCUGGUUCGAGCGAAAGAGCGGCACGAGAUACAUGUUGAUGGCAACAAUGGUCGGUGUCUUCAUCGCAGUAAUCAUCGGGAUCCUAGGCCUCGGAAUUUCCGGCUUCCAAGCUUAUGUCUCGUACCAGCAGUGGAAGCACCCUGUGAAGGAUACGUAG